CUUUCCUCCUGAAACUUUAACCUGUGAUGGAUGUCCUUGCUAAUGAGUAGCGGAAGCAAGUUGAUUCGUUUGAAGGCGGGCAUAGCUGGGCAGACUUAACUUCCUCGAUCCAUCAGCUAGAUUCAUCACGAGACAUCCUUGAAUCGUCCCCUCUUUUAUCGUGUCCUCAUCGAUCUCCAUCGCCGCGAAAGCGACGACUAAAUCUCCCGAAUAAUCCACCGUCUUGUCCAUGCAUCCAUGUCGCCAUGAACAACCCAUGACUCCCUGGGCAGAGGUUGAGCACAAAUCAAGAUCACGAAACAGUAAUCAGGAGCCAUGCGUACAUCUCCUCCUCAGCUAGAGGACGUACGUCCCACGAGGACGAGGCGAAGCAUGCAUGCGUGCAAUGGCACAUCGGCGGAAGCAAGUUGAUUCGUUUUGGCGGGUCGUGUCUCCAUAGAUCGUCGCCUCACGCGCCCGCGGCGGCCAGCCAUAUGCACCGGCUCUCCUUGCUUGCUUGGAUCGUCAGCUCUUGGUCGCUCCACUAAUCAAUGGCUUCCUGCUUCCGGGCGCGUCGGCACCCGGCAGCGCCAGUACCGCCGCCGCUGAUUCCGUACGAGUCGUCGUACUCGGAGAUGGAGGGAGCGAUGGAGAAUAAGAGGUGGAACAGCCUCGACUCGUGGUCGAUGCUGCUUGACGCGGGAGGCGGCGCGGACCAGCAGCAGGCGAGCUCGUCGGCGGGGGAGGAGUGGAUGGCGGACAUGUCGCAGCUCUUCCUCGGGAACAAGUUCGCAUCGGGGUCCAACAGCCGCAUCUAUCGCGGCAUCUACCGACAGCGCGCGGUGGCCGUCAAGAUGGUGCGCCUCCCGGAGCGCGACGAGGACCGGCGGCGCGCGCUGGAGGACCAGUUCAACUCGGAGGUGACCUUCCUCUCGCGGCUCCGCCACCCCAACGUGGUGCAGUUCGUCGCCGCCUGCAAGCGCCCGCCCGUGUACUGCAUCAUCACCGAGUACAUGUCGCAGGGCACGCUCCGCAUGUACCUCCACAACAAGGACCCCUACUCGCUCUCGCCGGAGACCGUGCUCCGCCUCGCGCUCGACGUCGCCCGCGGCAUGGAGUACCUCCACGCGCAGGGCGUCAUCCACCGCGACCUCAAGUCGCACAACCUGCUGCUCAACGACGAGAUGCGCGUUAAGGUCGCCGACUUCGGCACCUCAUGCCUAGAGGCGCACAGCUCACGCGCCGGCGCCGGAGCGGGACCGGGAGCCGGAGGCGGUGGCGGCGGCGGCGGCGAAGGGAAGGGUACCAACAUGGGCACGUACAGGUGGAUGGCACCCGAGAUGGUCCGUGACAAGCCGUGCACCCGCAAGGUGGAUGUGUACAGCUUCGGCAUCGUGCUGUGGGAGCUCACCACCUGUCUCGUGCCGUUCCAGGGCAUGACCCCCGUCCAGGCCGCCUACGCCGCCUGCGAGAAGAACGCUCGGCCGCCGUUGUCGCCGACGUGCCCGCCGGCGCUCAACAACCUCAUCAAGAUGUGCUGGGCCGCCAACCCGGCCAGGCGUCCUGAGUUUAGCUACGUCGUGUCCGUGCUGGAGAACUACGAUCACUGCCUCCGGGAAGGGCUCCCGCUGGUUACGCCGCCGUCGCCAGUGUCCUCGUUUCUCAGCAUCUUCAAGCUCGGCUCCUGCAUAAGCACCACCAACCUCCCCUCCAUGCCCGUCCACGUCUAAUCAUAUCCAUUCAAAUUUAUUGGUUCUUGCGGAACUGACACGAAAAUUUAUUUCAGUUGCCUGUGAAUCA